AAAGCCCCCUGUCCCUCCGUGCUCCCCAAGCCCCAUCUUCCCCAGCUCCCUCCAGGCCCCAGUUACUCCAAGCCCCAGGACCCUGCAACCCCCCGGUCCCCACCCGAGACCCCAGUGGUUCCAGAGCCCCGGGACCCUGCAGCUCCCCGGUCCCCACCCCAGACCCCAGUGGUUCCAGAGCCCCGAGACCCUGCAGCCCCCCGCUCCCCACCCCAGACCCCAGGGGUUCCAGAGCCCCAGGACCCUGCAGCCCCCCGGUCCCCACCUCAGACCCCAGUGGUUUCAGAGCCCCGAGACCCUGCAGCCCCCCGGUCCCCACCCCAGACCCCAAUGGUUCCAGAGCCUGCCCCUCGGCCCCCGCCUUCCUGCAGGAUCCGGUCUGGACCUCUCGCCCCCCUCGGGGUCCUACAGCCCCCCAGGCCCUGGUGCCCCGGGCCGUGCAGAGGUGACGGUGCCUUGUGUGCAGGGCAGGGGCUGGGCAGGCGGGAGGACGGCAUUGCCGAGGCCAUCCGGGUGAAGGUGAAGUGCGACACGGCGGGGGUGGGACACGACGCGGCGGAGCCCUUCACCUUCCACUGGUGGGACCACGUCUUCAACAAGGCGGCUGCAAACAUUGCUGUGGAGGCCGGGCAGGAUGGCAUCUCUGUGAAGGCACUUUCUGAGCAGGGAGGCAGCAUCAGCAAUAAGAAGCCGCACAAGGCUGGCAGCAGCGGGAGCCUGCUGUACGGCCGCUUCGUGAAGUCAGCCACGCUCACAGCCUGUGGGGAGGAGUCUGUAACAGCCAGCUCUGAGAGCAGUCAGGAGGAGGAGGAGGAGCUGGACCUCUCUUCGGUCAGGAGGCUGACGGACGAGGAGCUGGUGCAGGCAUGCGGGGGCCGCACGGCACACAAGGGUGCUCGUCACGGCCUGACCAUGAGUGCCAAGCUGGCGCGCCUGGAGGAGCAGGAACGAGCCUUCCUGGCCACGUACCGGCCACGGGAGCAGCAGCAGGAGCCCCCAGAGAGCAGCCAGGGCAAAAAGAAGAAAAGGAAACAGUCCAGGGAUGGAGCUGAGGUGCCACAGAGCCAGGAACCAAACACAGAACAGGAGGAGGUGUUGGAAGAAGAAAAGGUUGUGAAGAAGAAGAAGAAAAAGAAGAAAAAGAAGCAGGGGCCAAGCAGAGAAGAGGAGCUGACAGGAGAGGAAGAGGUCAUGAGGAAGAAGAAGAGGAAGGUGAUCAUGGAGCCAUGUGGAGAAGAGGGAUCAGGAGAGGAGGGGAAGGUCAUGAAGAGGAGGAAGAAGCCAGAGCUAAGCGCAGAAGAGGAGGUGGUGGACGAGGAUGGGAAGGCUGCAAAGAGGAGAAAGAAGAAAAAGAAGAAGCAGGAAGAGGAGGAUGAAGAGCCAGCUGAAACAGAUGUACCUCUACAAGAUACAGAUGAGCCAAACUUGGGACACAGCCCUACAAAGAAGAGGAAGAAGAAGAGGAGGAAGAGGGAGCCAGAGUGAGCAAGUGACAUGGCUGCCAUGCUGUGCAGCUGCCAGUCCCACCUGGCUGGAAGGGUUGCGAUCCUGGUGCUGGUGGGUGCCAUGGGCUGCUCUGAGCUUGUUCCAGAAGGAGCCCAGCACUGUGACCCAGGUGCCUGGGAAUGCUGAGCUAGGAAAAGUUGGUCUGGAGCUGGAUCAAGCUUUACUUUACCACCUGAACUUUCAGCAGUGACCCUGGUUCCCCUCAGGCCCUGGGGCAGGGACCCAUUUGCCAUGGGCCUGUCACAGGACACAAGGACACACCCUGCAGAGUAAAUAAAAAAAAGUAUUUUUCCAAGGGCAUGAAUAAAUCUUUAUUGUGAUCAGAUUA